GUUUCCCUCCGACUGCGGGUCACAUCUCCGGGAACCGAGCCCGGGCCUUGGUUCCAGGACACAUCGACGCUCACGUAGUUCUGUGGUGGCAGUCGCCCCUGCCACCUCUCACCGGGCUCUCCGAUGCAGCGAGCGAGCUGGGUAGGGGGCUUCUCCGCGGCCCUAAAGAGUUCUAACCUGUUUGUCUAACCCCACGAUGGCUGUGGACAUUGAGUGCAGAUACAACUGCAUGGCCCCUUCCUUGCGCCGAGAGAAGUUCACCUUCAAGAUCUCACCCAAGCCAAGCAAACCCCUGAGGCCCUGUAUUCAGUUGAGCAGCAAGAAUGAAGCCAGUGGCAUGGUGGCACCGACUGUCCAGGAGAAGAAGGUGAAAAAGCGGGUGUCCUUUGCAGACAACCAAGGCCUGGCCCUGACCAUGGUCAAGGUGUUCUCAGAAUUUGACGACCCGUUAGAUCUUCCAUUUAACAUCACCGAGCUUCUCGACAACCUUGUGAGCUUGACGACAGCUGAGAGCGAGAGCUUCGUCUUGGAUUUUUCACAGCCUUCUGCAGAUUACUUGAACUUUAGAAAUCGACUUCGGACCGACCACGUGUGCUUGGAAAACUGCGUGCUGAAGGACAGAGCCAUCGCGGGUACGGUGAAGGUGCAGAACCUUGCAUUUGAGAAGACUGUGAAAAUAAGAAUGACAUUUGACACUUGGAAGAGCUUCACAGACUUCCCUUGUCAGUACGUGAAGGACACGUACGCUGGUUCAGACCGGGACACGUUCUCCUUUGACAUCAGCUUGCCAGAGAAAAUUCAGUCUUAUGAAAGAAUGGAGUUUGCUGUGUGCUAUGAGUGCAGUGGGCAGACAUACUGGGACAGCAACAAUGGCAAAAACUACAGAAUCAUUCGGGCCGAACUAAAGUCCGCCCAGGGGAUGGUCGAGCCGCAAAAUGGGCCUGAUUUUGGAAUAUCCUUUGACCAGUUUGGAAGCCCUCGCUGUUCCUAUGGUCUCUUUCCGGAGUGGCCCAGCUAUUUGGGAUAUGAAAAGCUGGGACCCUACUAUUAGUGACUUGCCCAGAUGGAGCAUGGCUGAGGUGGCGUGCAGACAAGCCUGGCUCCGAUCACAGUGGGAGGUAGACAGAGGCCCAAAAGAGUGAGGUCGGACUGCUGUUAAGCACAGUUUUUAAAAAGAAAGGAUCCUAUUCACUUUUUUCCCAAACCAGCAAAUACAGCCAGGUGUGUAUCCCAGAGCCAGUCUCCUAGUCCCUCCGUCGGCGAGCACACUGCACAGCGUCUGCCGUCUGCUGGUCCGCUUUGGCUCUUACGGCAGCCCACGAGGAAAUGAGCGGAUGGUGCUGAAAGGGUGUGGACAGGAACAAGUCUGAAGGCUGUGCUGCAAGGCUGGAGGACAGGGGCUUAACGAGGCACCCAGGAGUGGAUAUGGGGUGCCAGAGGAGCCGCUGCGCUCCACUAGGAUGUGGAAGGUCACCUGGAAGUGUCGCUCAUCUCCAGCGCCCUCAUUGGAAGCCCAGCCGGGCCCUCCCCGUGUGUCACCACUGCCUCCCGCCUAUGCUUGUACUUCAUACUUUACCUCUGGGUCCUGAUACGUCGGCCUGAUUUUGCACAUUUCUUAUACAGCUAUAAAAGAGAAAUGGGAUCAGCACCCUGCCUUCUUUUUUCUCUGUGCUGUAGUAUGAUUGCAAGUUCAUAUUUUGCAUUUUAUUUUCUUACACAGCUCAUCUGAUGUUCAGGAAAAAGUCAUAAAGGCAAAUUAACUUGUGACUGAGAGAGGCAUUUCCUCUCCCCUCUUCCUGGCCCCACAUAUAUGUUCCAGUGGAGAGAAGCACACCAGUUAUUGAAAGUAACCGGCUCCUGUGCAGUGUUAACAGAUUGCAAGGUUACAACAAGACAGGGCAGUCUUGAGUGGAACAUUUUUAGCUCUUCCUCUGGCUUUUGUGGGAGCUUUCUAAGUGCUCACUUUUAUCGUGUCUCCAGACAGCUCAAUUACAAGAGUUGUUUUAACUUGUUUGGCUGGUUUGCAAGCGUCUCAUUUGUUGUAAAAGAAUUUCAGAUCUCCUCUCCUGGAGAGUCAUCUUUUAUACCGUGUUUAGGACAUUUCAAUUUGCAGAUCCAGCAUAUCCUCAAAACCUGCCGGAAAAUGUUUGGUUUUAUUUUGGCUGUUAUUGACAAUAUCCAGGACACUUUACAAGCACCUGGGGACUUUGAUUUGGGUGUUCUUAUUUAUGGUGUGUGCAUAUGUAAAGGGAUAGGGGAGAAAAACCUAACCAAGUUCUCACGUUUUAUUUUAAAUAUUUGCCAACUCUGAAAUAUCAGAGGUUAAUUUUCCUUACCCAUAUUGGACCUAAAGAAUUAAAGCCUGUUGGUUAAUGCUAUUACA